AUGGCGGAGCGCCCCCUGCCGGCGCGUGGGGUGGCCCAGGAGAUGCACUGCGUCCUGCACUGGUUCUCGGGCUGGGCGCCCCCCCAGCGCCAGCGCUUCCUGCGGGACCUGCUGGCCAAGGCUGUGCCUGGCAAGCUACGCCCCCUGCUGGAGGAGCUGGAGGGGCUGAGCCUCUCCGGGGCGCCCGCCCCGCCCCCCUCCCUCUUCCAGUGCCAGCUGCGCCUCUGGGACCAGUGGUUCCGGGGCUGGAGCGAGCCGGAGCGCAACCACUUCCUGGCCCGGCUGGAGCAGGUCGACCCGGACUUCGCCGCCCACUUCUACUGCCAGCUGGCGGCCACUGCCGGGCAGGAAUAGAUGGCUGGGGGCUGCCCCCCGGCGCCGUGCCAGGGACCCUCUUCCCAGUCUGCGCUGGGGGGUGAAACCCCCCCACAUCUGCUCACCAGCCUCCAUUCCGCGGAAGCGGUUUACGUAGGACCUACCGUAAGGUGGCCUGUUUACAGAGCACCUGCAAAACGUCACCAGCAGGGGGCUCUGUGACAACCCCUCCCCCAGUGUGGCUGGAUGAGCCUCGAUUUCAUUGAGGACUUCUGUUUAUGUGGGUCCUACAGUAAGUCGGCCUGUUGACGUAGGACCGAGAAGAAGUUGACAGCUGUGGGAAAGGCCUCUCUCAGG